ACCGGGUGUUGACUUUUGUGGACCCGUGUUGUCUGCAGCCAAAAGUGCAAAAACGCAACUGAAGAAUUGGGAAAAGGCCAAGGGUGCCACGAGCUGAAACUUUUGUGCUUCACUUUAAAUAUUGACACCAGGAGAAAUUAAAUUUUUGCGUAUAGAUCCGCUGAGCUUUUUCCGCUCAAAUAUCGGUUUCAAUUUUUGCAUCCGAUCUUCUCAGUCUUGGGCACAAAGGCUUUCUAUGAGUUGAUCAGCGUGAUAUAGCCGCAUACGCAUUUUAUUAUAGCUGGUUCGCUAAAAAUAGCCCCCUGCGAUGGUUUAACAAUCCGAACGAAAAUCCAAACGCACAAUGUCGGCUGCACAUCCGGCCCUCUAUUUAAGGGCAGCCAAAAACCGACCUCUUCUUUUCCGGCAGUCCAUCCGACUGAUCAACCAAAGUCAAGUGGAGUCAACCCCCAACGAAGAUGCUUUGCCGUCAAAGGCACGAGUGGUCAUUUGCGGUGGUGGAGUUCAAGGGGCGGCGGUUGCGUACGAACUGGCAAAAUUGGGCCUUGGAAACGAAACUGUUUUGCUGGAGCAGGGAAGAUUGGGUGGAGGCAGCACUUGGCACUCAACAGGUCUUGUUUCCACCCUGAGGAACACAUACACAGAGACCAGAUUGGCCAAGGAUAGUGUGGCACUCUACAAUGAGUUGGAUGCUGUGAGCCUCAAGACUGGUUGGAGGCAGUGCGGCAGUUUGUCCAUUGCCAGGACUAAAGACAGGAUGACUAUGUUUAGAAGAAUCAAAGCCAGAGCCCAAGCGUGGAAAAUUCCUUGUGAAAUAAUUUCCGUGAAUGAAGUAGCUAGCAAGUGUCCUAUCAUUUUGACCUCGGACGUCCUUGGCGGACUUUGGGUGCCUGGAGAUGGUGUAGGAGACCCGUACGAGAUUUGUGUCUCCUUGAUUGCUGCAGCUAAGAAAAAAGACGUGAAAAUUGUUGAGAACUGUUACAUCCAGAAAGUUUUGGAGGAAAAGGGCCGAGUGUCAGCUGUUGAAACUAACAAAGGCACAAUUCAGUGUGAUGUUUUUGUAAAUUGCGGAGGUCUCUGGGCCCGCCGAGUUGGAAAACUAAGUCAAACUCCUGUUAAAGUUCCUCUACACCCAGCAGAGCAUUAUUGUUUGCACACAAAAGUAAUACCUGGACUAGACCCCAAUACUCCAGUUGUGAAAGACGAGGAUGGGCAGAUUUAUUUCAGAGAAAACGAAGGCAAGCUGCUGAUAGGUGGCUUUGAAUUAUCCGCAAAGCCUGCGUUUGAAGAUGGCAAAGUUCCAGAUAACUUUUCCCACCAAAGUUUGAUUCCCGAUUGGGAUCACUUCCAUGUUUUAUUGGAACAAAUGCUGCAUCGCAUCCCAUCAUUGAGUGAUGUGGUCGUCGAAAGACUCUGUAAUGGGCCUGAGGCUUUUUCUCCCGAUGGAAAGUGGAUUUUGGGAGAAGCCCCAGAGGUGAAGAACUACUACGUGGCAGCUGGCGCAAACACAGUAGGGCUGACAGCAGCUGGUGGACUUGCUAAGGCUACCGCAGGACUGAUUGUUGGCCAACAGGGAGUGAUGCCAGCAGAUUCAUAUGACUUGGAAUUGAGUCGGUUUUUGGGGUUGCACAAUAACCGACGAUUCCUAAGAGAUAGGGUCAAGGAAGUGCCAGGCAUGCAUUUCAAACUGCCAUAUCCUUUCCAAGAAUUCACGACUGGCAGGAAUUUACGAAUGUCCCCAAUUUACCCGAGACUUCGACAGGAUGGUGCCGUUUUUGGGCAAGUUAUGGGAUACGAAAGACCCUCUUACUUUGAUACAUCAGUUGAUAGUGAAGCAGCAAGCUCUGCAGACUCGCCCGACUACGAGCAACACUAUGGAUUGAGACCUUACAGGAUUGCAAACACAAACACCUUUGGAAAACCUCCAUGGUUUGACAUAGUAGAGUCCGAGUACACAGCUUGUCGCGAAACUGUUGGACUGAGUGAUUACUCAUCUUUUACAAAAAUGGAUCUAUGGUCUAAGGGCCCUGAAGUUAUUGACUUUUUGCAAAGAAUUUGUUCCAAUGAUGUUGAUAUUCCUAUUGGUGGUAUUAUUCACACUGGUAUGCAAAACGAACGGGGAGGUUAUGAAAACGAUUGCAGCUUUGCUCGACUUGCUGAGAACAGAUUUAUGAUGAUAGCACCAACCAUUCAGCAAACUCGCUGCAAGGCAUGGAUGAAACGACAUAAGCCGUCUGAUGGUUCUGUAGCAAUAUCAGACGUCACUUCCAUGUACACCGCCAUUUGCGUGAUGGGUCCUCACGCCAUCCCUCUGCUGUCGGAACUUGCUGACGUGGACCUGAAUCCGACCUUCUUUCCAUUUUUUACUUUCAAAGAACUUGACGUUGGGCUUGCCAGUGGCAUUAGAGCCAUGAAUUUGACCCAUACUGGAGAACUCGGCUGCGUUCUGUAUAUUCCGAAUGAGUUUGCCCUUCAUGUUUACUCCGGCCUUGUAGAGUUUGGAAAGAAGUAUGGCUUGCAGCACUGCGGAUACUACGCAAUGAGGGCACUCCGAAUAGAAAAGUUUUACGCUUUUUGGGGUCAAGACCUGGACACAAGCACAACACCCCUAGAAUGUGGGCGCUCAUUUAGAGUUAAAUUUGAUAAAAAAGAAAACUUUAUCGGGAAGGAUGCUCUUUUGAAGCAGCGUGAGGAGGGAGUCAAGAGAAUGUAUGUGCAGUUAAUUCUUCAAGACCAUGAUCCCGAAGUUGACCUUUGGCCGUGGGGAGGAGAACCCAUUUUACGUGACGGCCGUUAUGUUGGUGCCACAACCACCACUGGUUACGGAUUCACUCUUGGCAGACAGGUCUGCUUGGGUUUUGUUCAAAACCGGGACGAAAAAGGGAACACUGGUCUUGUGACGACUGACUAUGUUCUGAGUGGGGAAUACCAGGUAGACAUCGCUGGAGUCAAGUACGAAGCCAAAGUCAAUUUGCACUCGCCCGUCCUGCCAACCAAAUACACCCCCAUUGACCCUGAGAGACUUCGUUACCAAGCUACUCGGCCGCACAUAAAGUAAGCAACUAAUGAUAAGAUUGAUAAGACUUCUGUUUGUCAGCUAAUUUAUAUUUGUGCCAUGCUAUA